AUGAACAUGAAUGACCACGUCUCUCACGACGCAAUUUCAUUAGAAUUGUGCUCGUCCACUACUCCACAUAAUGGCGGUGGCACCUCCUCCCAUUUGUGCGAGUCCCAAAAGUCAGAAAACGGUGAAGAUUCCUCCAAUGAUGAGGGUGUCAGCAGACCCCCGUUGGAAACCUUUUUACUACAGCGUCAGCGUGUGUCGGACAAAACGCUGCAAGCACGCAAACGAGUAGAGGACCAUUGGGAGGCCUCGGUAUUGGAAACGUUUAACAAAGCACUGCGUCAACAUGGACAUUUACCCCCAAAUCCAUGUCCCGCAGCUGAACAUGUCAAUGGGCAGGAAAGGCACCUUCUUGACAGAGAAAAACAACGUGUGUACAGUGAGUUUAUUCGCCGCUCAAGGAUGCAACUUCCUGAAUUUGUUCGUCUCCUUUGUGGCGAAACCAACUUCGACUCAAGACCAAACAAUGCUCUGGAGACCUCAUCGUGGAACCCGUCCUGGAAUUACUACGACCACAAGAGCAAAUGGUCGAAUAUCGUUCACCACGGUGUAAAACCUAAGUGGAAAUCGCCAUUCCCUAAGCAGUUCUCCCCUCCAAAAAACCAUGGUUCCGCUCUGCGUGCUUUGAACAGCAUCAUCAAAAGUCUCAGAACCGGUCAAGACACAAACCGAUACGUUAUCCUCGAUAUUGACCUUCUAGGUAGUCUAGAAGACAUCACUUGUAGCCCAUUUGGUGCGGUCCAGAAGGGUGACGUCGACUUGUCGAAGGAAGCUCGCCUCAUACACGAUUUGGCUUACCCGAAAGGAGCGUCAGUCAAUGAUAAUAAAGCAGAGGAGGGCGAAAUCACUAUUUCUUAUGAUGGAGCAGUAGCAAUUGCCAACCGCGUCUUGGAUGUAGCUUCGGAACACCCAGACCAGCAACAUUUGAUGACAGGGGAUGUCAACGGCGCUUUCCGCCACAUUCCAAUUGCUGCUGAGGUCGUUGGACGUUUUGCGGGGACAAUUCCGGAGCUGGGAAUUCUUGUGAUCGACCUAUAUUGCCCGUUUGGGUGGAAAAAAUUGCCAUCGUCGUACUGGGUGGCUGGUGCAGCGAUAAAUCACUUAUACGCAUGUGCAGCUCCAAUGUGGCCAGACCAACCAACGUGUACUAAGGGAUCAUUCGAUGCUAAAGCAUGGUGCGAUGACCACAUCGCAAUCGAAGCCGACGUUGGCUCCCGUUUUUCCGAGGCGAAUCUUGCUCUGCGGGCCUCAAUGAUGACGGUUUAG